AUGACUACAGCAGCACGUCCAACAUUUGAGCCAGCUCGAGGAGGCACUGGUAAAGGUGAAAACGAUUUAACUGUUUUAAGCAAGCAAUACUCAAGCCGUGAUUUACCUUCUCAUACCAAGUUAAAAGUUCGACAACCUGGCCAAGGAAAGGUCGAUGAAAUCAAAGGACGCGACUUUCGUCGGGAAUUGGAAGAAAAAGAACGAACUGCAACGCGAGAUAAACAAUCGACGAACAAUCGUGAUCAUAUGCCACCGUCAACCAAGAAACCGCGAUCAGAAGAGCAUCAACCUACUAUAGCCGAAUUAGAUGCUGAUGAUGUAUUUGAUGAUGAUGAUGAUGAUGAUGUUGAUGUAAGUAUACCAACUGAAGAUGAUACUGCGGAAUUAAUGGCCGAAUUGAAUAGAAUAAAGCGGGAAAGAGCAGUAGAACAAAAAAAAGUAGAAGAAGAAAAGAAAGCCGAUGAAGAGAGAGUGCGUAUGGAGAAUGUUAUGUCCGCAAACCCGUUAUUGAAUGAAAACAGUAAUUUUUCGGUCAAACGAAGAUGGGAUGACGAAGUAGUAUUUAAAAAUUGUGCUCGUGGGGAGGAAGAUGCCAGAAAUAAGGAAAAAAGUUUUAUAAAUGACACCCUAAGAUCCGGUUUUCACAGAAGAUUUAUGGGCAAAUAUAUCCGUUAAAAAUUACCUCUAAAUCAAGCUUAGGCGAUCGCACAAAUAAACAACCUUACCUUUUUACGUUAUUAUCAUCGCUAAGUCAGCUAAUAUCGAUUAUAUUCAACAAAGUGC